AGCAUCAAAAGUAGGUUAGGCCUGGUGUUUUUCUUUAUUAUUUCCAACUAGACAUUUUCCCAAUAACAGAUACGGUGCUGAAGAAGCUACAGUACGUUAAUAAAAGUGGUUAAAUUCGUGUUAAAGGUCGAUCCGUGCAGUUUUACAGCACUUUGUACUGAUAAGUAACGUGCUUCCGGUGAGGCCUGUUGACCCACAUUAGGGAUGUAGAGGAGCCGAGAUACUGAGAUUCUGCUGUCUUUUUCUUUCUCUUUCAGAUGUCUUCCCGCUGUUUGGAGUGUGUUUUCCACAGACCGACUCAUGACGCAUCACAAUGAGCUCCUUGGACAGGGAUGAUGGCAGCAUUUUUGAUGAGUUGAUGGAAGAUGACGAGAGGGAUAAGGCCAAACGUGUUUCCCGGAAUAAAUCGGAGAAGAGGAGGAGAGACCAGUUCAAUGUCCUUAUUAAAGAACUGGGCACAUUGCUGCCUGCCAACACACGCAGGAUGGACAAGUCGAUGAUCUUACAGAAAAGCAUUGACUAUCUACACAAACACAAAGAAAUUGCUGCACAGUCAGAGUCGAGCGAGAUCAGACAGGACUGGAAACCCCCGUUUCUCAGCAACGAGGAGUUCACACAGCUAAUGCUGGAGGCGUUGGAUGGCUUCUUCCUUGUUAUCCUGACCGAUGGAAAUGUCAUCUAUGUCUCGGAAAGCGUCACGUCCUUACUCGCCCACCUACCGUCGGAUUUGGUGGAUCAGAACCUGCUUAACUUCCUUCCAGUCUGCGAGCACACCGACGUAUACAAAGCCCUGUCUUCACACCCAGAAGGCGAGAACCUCAGUCCAGAAUACCUCAAGACUAAGGGUCAGCUGGAGUUUUGCUGUCACAUGCGCCGAGGCUCUGUGGACCCCAAAAAACCACCUGUGUACGAAUACGUCAAAUUCAUCGGCAACUUCAAGUCACUCAGCAACAUGCCACGUAUAAGUCGUAACGGUUUGGAAGGUGUACUCCAGCGGUCGUUGCGCCCAGCGUUUGACGACCACGUGUGUUUUGUUGCGACAGUGCGGCUAGCCACGCCUCAGUUUAUCAAGGAGAUGUGUACAGUGGAGGGGUCCAACGAAGAGUUUACCUCUAGACACAGUCUAGAGUGGAAAUUUCUUUUGUUAGAUCACAGAGCUCCUCCCAUCAUCGGCUAUCUUCCCUUUGAGGUUCUGGGGACGUCUGGCUACGACUACUAUCAUGUAGAUGACCUGGAGUCACUGGCUAAAUGCCAUGAGCAUUUGAUGCAGUUUGGAAAGGGCAAGUCAUGUUACUAUCGAUUCCUGACUAAAGGCCAACAGUGGAUCUGGCUCCAGACUCACUACUACAUCACCUACCACCAGUGGAACUCGCGGCCUGAGUUCAUUGUAUGCACGCACACCGUAGUCAGAUAUGCUGAAGUACGGGCAGAGCAGAGAAGAGAGAUGGGCAUUGAGGAUUUGCCUCCCGAAAGAACAGAAGACAAGCAGUCUCAGGACUCUGGUUCUGAAUCCCAGUUAAACACUUCCAGCCUAAAGGAGGUGCUUGAGCGCUUCGAUCACAGCCGCACACCGUCCACGUCCUCGCACAGCUCCCACAAGUCCUCGCACACAGCCAUGUCUGACAGCACGUGCACCUCCACUCCCACUAAGCUGCAGAUGGACGUGAGCACUCCGCCUCGGCCGAGCACCGUCGACAUGACGCAACACCGCCGCUCCUCUGUUAGCAGCCAGAAUAUUCACACAAGCUCCCCUGCUCAUAUUAACCAACCGCAGCAACAGCAACAACCACAACCUCAACACAACACACAGCAAUACUCUACACAGCUGAACGCCAUGCAGCACCUGAAGGAGCAGUUGGAACAUCGGACGCAGAUGAUCGAGGCCAACAUUAAAAAGCAGCAGGAAGAACUGAAGCAAAUUCACGAGCAGCUUCAGAAGGUGCAUGGCCAGGGCCUUCAGAUGUGCUUGCAGCAGUCCACAGGUGGGGUCAAUAUGCAGCUCCCUCAGGUGAGUGGAGCUUCAUGCUCACAAGCUGAAGUUAGAGUGCAGAGUGUGACGAGCACCGCCCACAGCACAACGCAUCAACAGCAGCAAGCUCCGCCUUCCCAGCAGCAGAAUUCGCAAGACUCCAUCCUCACACAGCAGGGUUCAGUGUAUAAUUCGAUGAUAGUCGGUCAGCCGGGCAACAGCAGCGUCGUGCAGAUCCCCAGCAACCAGUCACAUAACAUCACUCAAGUAACUACAAUCAACAGGUUUCCCGGACAGCAGUUGAUCACUAAGUUAGUCACUGCUCCCAUGGCUUGCAGCACCGUAAUGGUUCCCACAACCAUGUUUAUGGGCCAGGUAGUGACCGCUUACAGCCAGUUUGCACAGCAGCAGGGCCAAACACAGGCGAUAGCAGCGGUGUCCGAUUCGCAGCAGCACCACGGAUCGACGCAAACUCAACAACCGUUCCUGCAGGGAGCCCACAUUUUGCAGAACAACCAGUCUACACAGCUAAUUCUGCAGGCUUUCCCCAUUCAGCAACAGGGUGCGUUCACUACAACACAACAACCGCAGCAAAAACCACAACAGCAGUUAAAGCCUCAGACUGUAAAGCAGCCAAAAACCUCGUCCUCUCACCAAACGGACAACUCGAGCACUCAGUGACACAAGAGGGAAAUGUUUUAGUUUGAACUUCACUGGUACUUCGUUGGACAUCAUUUCUACAGCAAUAGGACUAAAUACCGAACCACCGGAUGGCCACCAGCGCAGCGAAACUCAGUAUUUCACAGCAAUAACAGUACGGACCUCGGUGCCAUUGAAAUAGCUUUCACUUUACUUCUUUUCUAAUUUAUUUAAGAAUACAGUUUAAUCUGGGACUAAAAGGAAUCUUGCUCGUUUAAUAACUGUACAAGAUGUGUGUACAAAGCCAUGUGAAUAUCCAAACAUAAAGGAACAAAGUGAAUAUUUUAUACACAUCACAAAAAAGGCUCACGGAUCUUUGUUUAUACGACUGUGUUGGGGGGGAUAAAGUUGUUUUAUAAAUCUAUAUAUAAAUAUAUAUUUAGCCCAAAAAGCAGAAAUCGCUCACAAAUGUAUAUUUUACUCCUAAUUUUGAAAGUAUUCUUUUAACAUAUUUUAUACAUAACCACAGUGUUACCUCUAUUUCGUGGACAAAUGUAGUUCUUCAAUUGUUAAAGUGCCAACAAUUUAGUUCUUCUACCAAAAAAACAAACCCACGCAUAUAAUAUAGUGACUUCUUUAAAAAAUUUGUCUCAUUGUAGUUGAUAUAACUUAAUGUGCUUCCACACACUAAAUGGCCCUUAUUUUAAUAAUCACAGUGUUAAUCAUUUUUGUGUGUGAUCAUUUACAAUGUGGAAAGAGCGAGUCCUGACUCUAUAAACGUGCAGGAAUUUUUAUUUAUAUCAGAAUGAUUUAUGUUAUAUUGUAGUCUGUACAACUCCAAGUAGGAAUUAUGCAACAGACCACGAGGUCGCAUCCAACACAAAGCAUGAUUUGUGUGUGUGUUUGUGUGUAUGUAUGUGUGUGUAUAUGUAUGUGUGUGUGUGUAUAUAUAAUUUUUUUAUUUUUAUUUUUAUUAUUAUUUUUUUUUAAUAUUUAAAUAAGGCCCUUUAAUAGUGUUCAGCAUAAAUACUGUUUUCAUGAUUGUGUCAGGUUGCGGGGUUUGUAUUUGUUUCCUUUGAACACGAUAGCGCGACAACAAACUAGCAACCGUUUACCGCUUCUUUUUUUUUUUUAGUAGUUAUUUUUAUUUUAUUUUUUUUGGAUGAUUUUACACACAGUAAAAAUUGUUUUGUUUCAGUUCAUUUCCCCACAGACAUUUUUAAAAAUCAAAUAUGCCCGAAUCUUACUAGAAGUACAAGUUCGCUGCAAAUGCCAUGUUUUGUACUCUCGCACUUUAUUCUAUUCUCAAAAAAAAAGAAAGGAUCAGCGUGUGAUCAUCUAAAAUACAUUUUGAGAGUAUAAAAUAUUCUUAAAAUUCAGCAUCUGCACAAUCCUAUGGAUUGUUUUGCAGCUUCCACAUUGUCCUCUUUUGCCAUACUGUUUUUAAAUGUGUGUGUACACUUUUAAAUGUCAAGAGAAUGACUAUCUAACUAAUAGAUAUCGUUAAUAAUUUACCCUAUAAUUGAUGGUGUGUUUUGGGUUAUUCAAUAUCAUUUAUUUAUGAUUUUAGUCACAAAAGAAAUCUGAUAUAUUUUUUUUUUUUGUAUGAUUUUUUUUUUUUAUCAUUAUGGAACAAAUGAACAUAUCGUAUAUGGACUGUGUUGACAUUCGAAGUUGUGUGUGUGUGUGUGUGUUUUUGUGUGUGUGUGGCCAGAAAUUAAAAGUUGUACCUCGUCCCUUUAUUGCUGUACGGGUUGCGUACGUCAAACCCAGGCGAUAACCAAUCAGUUCUUGCCUUGCAGUAACUUCAAAUUCUAGAACGUUCCUUACUCACAUGCUAGUUCUAUACCUCAUUGUAAUGUUUAUUGUUUUUUUUUUUCUUAGAAAAUCCAAAGCGAAUUCGUUUCCGUAUUCUAUGGACCCUGGUGGAAAGCUGUGUAUAGACCGUCAACACUGUCGUGUGAAAAUGUAUGCAUUGUGUCUAAAGUCUUCCAACUAGGAAAGUAUUACUGAAAUCAUUAUAGGAUAUUAUACUCUAUCUGAAACCUAUGUACCUUUUAUAUGCUGUGUAUCUUUUUUUUUUGUCAUUUGCAGAUAUUUUGUUCUUCAGCCACCAAAGAUAACUUGUACAAUUGGACUCCUUUUGUCAUGUACGCUCACCGACCACUUUAUUAGGAAUGCUUAUUCAGGUAUCCAAUCAGCUGUUAGCAUAUCAGAGUGUAAAAUGCUAUGUCAAGAGCUUCAGUAAAUGUGAGAAUGGGGGGCGGGGGGUGUUAUCUCGGUGAUCUCGAUUAUGACAAAAACUGCUGAUUUUCACUCGAGUGGAAAAAAAAAAUCAUCCAGUCAGCAGCGGUUCUGGUCCACUCGAAAUGACUCAAGCCGAACAGGAAGGCUGUGAGAACGCCUUUACAUAGAGUAAACACCAUUCACACCAUAGAUGGUCUACCAUAGGUUUUCCUACUACAGUGGCUGUGGAGUUGUACAGGUAUUAAUAACUGUUGUCUAAGACUUGAUCCCAUGUUAUCAUGUUAAAGGACACAAAAAUAGUUUGGUUGCAUUAUGAAACAUCUUCGUAUUUUGGAUGUGACAGUCAUUAAGCUAGAUAGCUGUGAGGAGGCAGCUAAUGUUUGUUUAUUUUUCAACACAAUGAGCUAAAAUAAAGGAAGAAAGCAG